ACAUCCAUCUCUGUGUUUUUCAAGGUGCUUCUGGAUCGUUUGUGUCCAGAACUGGAAAGGCUACAGAUAUGACGCAGAUUAAAGGUUGGAGAGAAAAAUUCAGCCCAUCGGAAUCUUCAGAGGCUCUUUCGCCUCCCAAGGCCGAAGUGUCUGUCAGCUCGGAGCAGACCAAGAAGAACUUGUCGGCGUUCUGCAGCGACAUGCUGGAUCAGUACCUGGAGAGCGAGGGCAAGCUGAUCGACCAGCGCGUGGCCAGUUUCUCUCAGCCGCCGGCGGAUUCGCUGCCCGUCUACGAGCUUCCCACCAGCAGCAGCAGCUACGUGCGCACUCUCGGCAGCGUCCUCAAGAAGCAAAGCGCCGCCUCGCCCGCCUCGGACCUCAUCACCGGCUUCAUCCCGCCCUCCAAGAGAGCCAAAGCCCCGCAUAGGCAGAAUAAGGCCUCCAGGAAAGUUGAAAGGAAGCCGAAGAGUUCAAAGUCUUGGGCUUUUCCUGGCACCGCAGCAUCUUUCCCGCCGUUUCCCAAUUUGCCGGAUGCCCCCCAGACUCCGGUGCCCCUCGCGGAACCUCCGAAACCAAAGAAAACUCCGCCCGCCGUCUGCCCAAUGGCGGGCACGCUGAUCUCUUCCCCCGCGCGGUCCCCUCCUCCGGAGAGGUGGAAGAGACUCAAACGGAAGCAGUCGAACGCCGAAGCGGGUGCCGCGGACCUUUCGAGUGUCCUCAAACCGCCGAUGACCCGAGGCCUGCUGAGGCAGAAAGACCUGGAGGACGGCGCCAUGUGGCGCGGUCAUCCUCGCGUCUACAUCACGGAGGAGAGGGCCGCCAUCUCGCUGACGUCGCUUUUCACCUUGAAGGGUUUCGUGAGCGACAACCCCACCGCCCCCAUCCAGCUGUCUCGCAGGCCGGAGCCGGCCUGCCUCAACGACUUCUGCCGCCUGGGCUGCGUCUGCUCCGGCUUGGCCCACACGGCCCGGGUCAGCCACUGCGGGCGGCCGCGGUGCAUGCUGGGUUGCAGCUGCCUCAAGCAGAAGGUGGUUCUGCUCAAAAACCUGGACGGCUCCGAUUCCAGCCCCUCCGGCCACGGCAGCAGCAAAAGGAAGAAGAGGAAGAGGAUGAAAAUGGCCUACAUACUCAAGGAGGCCGACAGCGUCUCUCAGCCCGCCGAACGCAUCCGGACGCUCUGGAAGAGGGACAGCGGGGAUUGCGACCUGGAGGCGACCCACGUCCCACAAGCUUCCGCCAUGUCCUCCCGCAUCGCCUCGUCUGGAUUAUCGCCCAAGACCCAGAAAGCCAGAAAGGACGCCGGCAGCUGUGCCCGAGUGAGAAGAUUUGUGGGAAAGUCCGGAACAGCGCAGCGGAAGCCAUACAGGAAGCCCAAACGUUGCAAGAUGAAAUAUGGCAAAAAACUCCGAACUUUGCAUCCCGAAGGAACGCCAGCUGAGCCGCCGCCGUCCAGCCCACCUCCGAACCUUCCGGAGGAGUCGAGGGCAUCCAGACGUCUGACCAUCCUCACCGAGGGUCGCUGGACCUGCGACGAGGACCGCGAUCACGUGCUGAAGAUGCUGUGCGAGGCCAUGGCCCAGGACCGACUGGGAAAACCCUUCUGGGCCCUGAAGUACCAGGUCAAUCCCAUCAGUCAGACGGUGGAGGACAGCGGCACCAUCCACUACAAAGUUCUCAUCAGCAGACAAGACGGAGCUCAGCAGGGCGAGCAAACCCAGCUAUCGCUGGAGGCGGAGCCUGUGGAAGCCUGGCAACGCGAGGUCACGGAGGAGGAUUUUAUGGAGGACUUGCCUCGGGAGCUCGACGAAAAUGACACGGACGACGACUCGCCGGCUCUGCCUGAACAGGCGCAUACUUGGAGCGAGCAGGCGGACGAGAGCCAGAGCGGCUUCCGGGUGGCUCUGCCCUUCCUGAACGGAGUCUCGGCCGCCGGCUUCCUUUCGGCCAGGAAGAAGCAACCGGGAGGCGGGGACCCCAUCCAGGUGAAUGGGAAAAUGUAUCCUCUGGCCAAGAUCCUGUUGGGCGAAAUGGGGGCCCUCCACCCAGCCAACCGCCUGGCAGCGUAUUUGACUGGCCGCGUGGCGGCCACCAGGAAGCGGCAAGUUAUUCCGACCUUACCCGAGGCCCAGCAGACGUCCUCUCCCCCCGCCACGUCCCCGGCAACUGCCGUCCCCGCGCUGGCGACCGCCGCCUCUUCGUCCGGCCCCGCUCUCACUUACUAUUUCGUCCCACCUCCGCCUCCAGGCCCCCGCAUCACGACUCCACGCCCGUCCCGCUCGGCAGUGCCCACGCCCUCAACGGUCAAGAUGAUUCUGCGGCAGGUGCAAAGCCCGACAGGCGUCCGCUACUACCGCAGGCCGGACGGCAAACUGGUCCAGCUGAUCCCCAUCAGCCAGCUGAGAGCGGCCAACCCCAACAAGACGGGUUCCCCCGGUGUCCUCGGAGCUCCUUCUCUUGCGGCUCCCGCCGGCCGCAUCGCCGGCCCGGUGCUCCCGAGCCCCGUGUCCGCCCUCUCCGGCUUCAAGUCGUUCACGGUGAAGCGCUCUCUGCCGGUCCUCGCCGGAACCAUUCCCGCCACCUGCACACCAGAUCACGUUCCCGCCGGGCUGAGCGCCCCCCCCGCUCCCGCCAAGGAAAGCAGCCCUGUUCCCGACUUCGUCAUUUCAGAAGUCCGCAGCGUGCAAGCGCGGUUGAGCCUCUUGAAUAACCCAAAAGACGGAAGCGCGCCGACCCCCGGGGGGGCUCCUGUGGAGUCGGGAGUCUCACCCGCGCCGCCUUCGUCAUCCGGAUCACCGGAGCCCGCCCGGGACCUGGCGGACCUGGACGUCGUCUGCAUUGUGGACGACGAGGGCGACCCGCGGGACCCCGAGCGCGUCGUCCGCACCGUCAACCUUGUGGACUCGUCCAGCGACGAGACGGAUCACUCGUCCGACUUGACGGACGAGUUCAGCGACCAAGAGAGGAGCCGCUCCGUGGGCAGUAAACAGGUCCACAACGCCUUGGAGAGGAUGCGGCGGCACAGGAUAUCGCUGAUGGUUACCAAGUUGAAGAAAGAACUCCGGCUGGAGCGCGCGGUGUCCACCGCCGCCACGUUGCACGAGGCCGUUCAGGUGAUUGAGGCGCUCCGGGCCAGCGAAAAGCAUCUGAGGAGGGAGAAGUUGGCACUGACCAGGCAGAGGGAGCACUUGAUGGCCAUCCUCCUUCCCUCCACAUCCGCCGCCGGCAUCUUCCGGCUCUCCGCCUCGCCUCCCCACGAGCCCCGUCCCGCAUCCCCGCCCUCCUCCGCACUGACCGGGCCCGCCGUCGCCGCAGGAACCGCCGGCCCCGGGCGCCAGGCGGCCCUUCGGCGGUCGCCAGCCUCUUCGGGCGACAACGUCGUAUUUGUUUCCUCCACUCAGAAGCUGCCGAAGGAACAAGCUCCUCCUCCCACGCCCAUCACAGUCGCCCCGGCCCCUCCCUCGCCUAGAGCCGCAGCUGUCAAUUGGCCAAAGUUGGCCACGCCCAUCGCCUCCCACUCGCCGCCAGUGAUGAGGAAUCGAUCCAAGACGGUGCCCAACAUCCUGUCUCGGUGCAAGAGCCUCCCCCCCGUGCCCGCCGUGAGUGGCGACCCCGACGGCUUCCGGGCCAUCCUGCCCGCUGAGCUUCUAUCGGUGGUCGGGAGCGUGUUGCCAGGGCAACCCUUCCUGACUCUCACCCCGCUGAUGACGGAUUAUACGCUGCUGCCCACGUCUUCUUCAGCAACAACAGUUGACGCCCUGAACAGCUCGUUCCCAUUGACUCCUGCCGCGACGCCGCUGCCAGCGCCGCUACCUGAGUCUCCGUCCCCCUCAUCCUCCAUUCCCACGGCGCCUGCCGUCAGCCCGACGGUAUCGCCGUCAGCGUCACCUUUGGAGCGUCAACCCGCCCCCAAGGACGAGGGUUCGGGGCUGAAUGGCCACGCGCUGGCCCCUCCCCCGCUGCUGCACAUGAAAGCGGGCGGGGGUCCGGUGGAUUGCCCGCCCCCCGCCCAGGCGCCGGCACCGCAGGCGCCGGCGGCGGAGGGCGUGUCGUGGCGGCCCAUGCCCAGGUUGGUCCCGCUGGGCCUGCGAGGGGCCCCGCCCACGUGAGGACGCCUCAGCGGACGCUUUGCCGUUGACUUUGGAACCUCUCAAUGAAACUUUUGUUUGUCCCCGAAUUUUUUAUUUUUCUACGUUGUAAUUGCAUAACAGACAUCUGCAACACUAAUUUAAAUAAAGUCCGACGACACCUGUUUUACCCUUGGACCUCUAUGCUAGCA